AUGGCUGUCAAAGUUUGUUUGGUCUUUUUCGUACUAGCUAUGGCUGGACUGAUAGCAGAAUCAUCAACUUCUGCUUCUCCUGAUGAUAUGGUAGUGGGCGUAACAAGAUCAUCAACACAAACAUGUGACGGUUUAGUUGGAAAAUGCGUUGAUGAACAUUAUGAAUUAAUGAUGGAUUCUAAGGUUAAUCGUCGUUCUUUGUUUCAGCCUAAGAGACAUAUUAGUUAUGAAGCUCUUAAGAAGAACAUACGUUACUGUGGAAAACCUGGAAUGUCUUAUUACGAUUGUCAUAAACCCAAAGAAGCUAAUCCUUAUACUAGAGGGUGCAGCAUUCUCACUCAUUGCGCAAGAAUAAUCAGAUAA